AUGCUCAAUGAAUUUAAAACGAUUGAAUUUCCCAAUUGUGAUCCGGGAAAAGAAUAUAUCCAAAUUCUUGACUGGACGUAUCCAUCAAAGGUAGCGGUUAUACAACGAGAAAAGACCACAGACCCACGAGAAUGGAUGUUCCAUGUGACAGAAGAACCACCCCCUGCAAAUGCUAUACGAAUCACUUACAAGCCAGUUUUGCCCUUUACAAAUAACUACGAUUAUUUUUACAUAACAACAACUACGAAGCACGUUAUUAAACUUAACUUAAAAGGUUCAACAUUGGGACCUAUAGUAGUUCUCAAUACAGAAAAAGUAAUAUUCAACUGUAAGAAUGGUCAACCAAAGAAGAAGAUGAUCAGUAUCACAAACAAUGGUACGAUGGACGCCAUUUUCUGUUUCGAUAUUGACAAUAAUUAUUCUGACGUUACAAUAUCACCCUCCUAUGGAAAAAUAGGAAAGGGCAGUACUGUAGAGUUGUUGGUCACCUUUUAUCCCAAGCGAGUUUCUUUUGUCUUCAGAAAAAUAUUUUGCGUUGUUAAAUAUCAGGAACCAAUUUAUAUAACGAUUCGAGCCAAUUACAAGAAGCAGUCAGCAUUUAAGGAAUUCGACGACUUCAUAAAUUUUCAAGAACCAUUUCCCAAAUACCCCAAUAACUACGAAGCUUACAUACAAGACGUCGCCUCUGUGCUAUUCGUUGAAAAACCACCCCUGGUUUCACUCGACAGGAAGUACAUCGAUUUCGGAAUGGUUGACACUACGAAGGGUGGACAUAUUGCGUCGGAACAAUUCACAAUCACGAAUAAUAGCAACGUCACUCUGUGUAUAAUGUGGCUACUUGGCGAGAAAACUGUUUUUACCAUAGACCCUCCAAAAGCUGAAGUAGAAAAUAAUCGUUCAAUAUCCUUCAGAGCUAGAUUCAAGCCAUGUUAUCCCGAUCAACUACAUUCUGCCAAAAUCACAGCUGGAAUCUAUUGGGGCACUAACAACGAUUUCGCAGUACCGCAUUCCCUUUCCGUUGACCUCAUAGGUCAUACGUUCACAGUAAUGCGGACUGGAUGGGACCCUUUCUUCAAGUUCGUUGAUAAAGUAAUUUUGCCAGCGACGGUUCCGAGCACGCCAUGCUUUGGCACCUACAAGGUGCUGAAUACAGGACGGUUCCCGAUUAUGUUCAAGUUUAUUCCUCCUCAUAAAUCAAAUCUUAAUAUGAAGCCCCUCCAUGGUGUAAUAGAAGGAGAGGGCUUUCAAACUUUUGCUCUCAGAUUUCUCCCAGAUUGUAAAGCCGAUACUGCUUACACAGAAAAAUGGACUCUUGUAAUCAAUUUUUUUCAAAAGGUGGAAGUUCAGUUCUCUACAACUGCCGAAGAGCUAUUUCUGAUUUUUGGUGAUCGCAAACCAAUCAAAUUUCCUCAUACAAGCUUACAUUCCGAUAUAGCGAUUUCAGUGCCUGUAAAAAACAAUACACGGCUGAAGACAAAAUUCUGGAUGGAAAUCCAUGAUAGAGAAACUCCAUUUUACAUCGAGAACCCAGAGGAACAAUUUAUUGGUCCAAAUGAGCUAAUUCACAUAACUUUGCAUUUUAACCCACACAGUUACGGAAAAGUUGAGUCACACGUAGCAUUCGACAUGGAGUACGUGACCUCAUUUGGCCAGAAACAUUUAUCAUGCAGUAUUGUAAAGAUUAAGGGCGCCUGCAGCGAAGUUUCAUUGAGGGCCAUGCCGAACAGCCUCUACCUGGGGGAGACUUUGAUGAGCUGCUGGAUUUAUGGUACCUUCAAGAUAAAAAAUAUUGGCAAAUGCGAUGCAUUCCUUGAUACUUUAGGAAUGCCGCGCUCACACGGUGACGAAGACGUUAUUACAAAAGUGGAACCUAAGUCCUUCAUCAUUCCAGCAAUGUCUAAAUUAGCCGUGACUGUAGGGGUUUGCCCUCAUGAGGUCGGCUUUAAAAAGAUGAAGAUCGUAUAUUUUCUCUGCACUGACAAAACUCUCACGAAACACAUUGAAGACACCCCUACUUCACUGAUGACAUUUGAAGUCAAUUGCUCUGCUCCGAAACUCGAAAUCAUCGAUAUAAGAGUAUCGAAGCUUCAUCAAAAUUUGGCCAAAUAUUUUAUGUGGGAAAAGUUACAGAUCAACAAGUUAAAUGAGACUCUGGGACGACUGAAGUUUAUACCUGAAGACAAAGAAAAUUCAGUAUACAUGAAGCUACCAGUCGGAUCCCUCAACAAACCACCAUUACGUGUAGACUUGUUAGUAAAAAAUGUAAGCGCUCAUGAGGCACAACUUGACAUCGUUUUUGAAAAACUUUGCUCCUGUAAGCCUGUAAUAGAAGAUGUGAGCAUUAGUUUGAGGAGAACAGUUAUAAAGUGUCGGCACGAAGAACAGAUAACUUUCAUUUUUGAAAAACACGUGUUUAAGCCAAAAGAGGAAGGAAUAGUGACUAUUAAUUGUAUUUAUACAGAAUACAGCAAAAGAUCAUUCAAAUUUAUUCUGUCUGUGACAGCAACCCAAGAUCGGAAUAUCCGUGGUUACACAGUUCUAUGGGUUGAGAGGGUUUGUGGGAAGGCAGGUGUAAAGUACCUUGAUUUUAACCAACCUACUUCCUUAGCUACUACUGUCAUGGUAGACGUUUACCCGGUAUACGUUGGAGAUCCCUGUAAGCCAGAACAAGUCGUAUGGACAUACAAUAAUUUCAGUGAAGAAAUUUCAUAUGAAAUCGAAGAUGAUACCUCAGAUGAUCUUCAAAUUUUUCAAUUUCCUCACACCAAAGGAUUAAUAGCCGCAUAUUCAGCUCACCCAAUUGUAUAUAAAUUUAACCCAUAUCAAUACAAGACUUAUAUAAAGUCAUUCAAUUUAAUCACUCCGCAUGCAACUUAUGUGCUUCAUAUGAUGGGAGUGGGUUCAAUUUCCCCUUGCUACUGUACUUAUCCAAUGCUGUGUAAAGUGCCGUUAAUAUCCUUAUUCAAUGAAGAAACAGAAGAAAUAGAAAUAUCAAUUGACAACAUAGCUUUGAAACCUAUGCUACUCCAUUCAACUAAAGAAAGAAUGGUAUUCCUGAAAAAUAAUAUGAACGAGGCAGUGCAGUUUUCUUGGGCUACGAGAAGAUUCGGUGCUUGGUUUGAUGUAAAGGCUCUUCCUCAGGAGGGAGUGUUGAAACCAAACCAACUUAAACCAGUUCAGCUUAUAAUUCAAUCAUUAAGCAUUCCAUCAAGAAUGACCAUUUUUAUCACAUGCAAAUUUGUGUACUUUGAAAGAGUUCAAUCACAUACGUCCAAAGUGGAGAACAUACGAAAGUAUGGGAAAAUAUUUGAUUCUUGUUUCACACUAACAGAGAAGAGUGACUUUACUCCUGUUUACAUGGACAUCGGAGGUGGAAGUAAAAGUUAUCCAUUAUACUUCAAUAUUACGAUAUCUUUACACUCCAUCAGUGAACGAUUCUUAGAUGAUGUUGUACCAAACAGAAAACAUCAGAUGAGAAUUUUAUCACAAUCUAAAAUUGAAUCUAAAAAGAAUCUAAAGGUAGUAUUAACAAGAUAUGAAGCAGAUGUCUGCAUUGAUACAUUCACGAGAAUAAUUUGGGAAAUAUUGAAUAGAAACAUUUUUCUUGAAUCUGUAUCAAAUAUUAAAAGGACAACUUACUACAGAGAUAUAGCUGAUUCAGAAAAGAUUAUGCCUUUUAUAGAACCUCCAAAAAGUUUGAUCCUAAAUGUACUUAAUACAGCAAUAUUCAAAGGGAUAUUGCAGAUGUUUGAAAUUAAAUCAACUUGGUCAAAUACUGUUCCAAUAAUAUCUGAAGGUGACUGCGUAGAAAAAGAAGAAAUAGGAAAAUUGAAAAAUAAAUACUAUGGAGAUAUCAUAGAGCAUGGUUUUUAUCAUAUCGUGAGCUUGUACCUUGGAAGUAAUUAUUAUGGAAGAAAAUACAGUGAUGUAGGUCAUUUACCAAAACGAAUUAAAUUUUUAAAGACACUAAAAGACCAUUCAUAG